UGAAAGAAGUGUAUGCGGAGGAAAAAGGUCAGCAACUUGCGAAAGGCAAUACUUUUCCUUAAAUGGCUUUUCGAAUUUUAGGGUAGUGUGAUCAAAAUGGAAGAGAGUGAAGAGAGCAGUUACAGUAGAGUCUGCGUCACCGGAGGUUCAGGCUAUAUUGGCUCUUCCCUUGUGAAAAAGCUUUUACAGAAAGGUUAUACAGUCCAUGCAACUCUCCGGAACUUGGGAGACGCAGCCAAAGUAGAUCUCCUCAAGUCCUUGCCCAACGCAGCCAACAGAUUGGUGCUUUUUCAAGCUGAUAUUUACAAUCCCACUGAUUUUGAGCCUGCAAUUAAAGGCUGCCAAUAUGUCUUUCAUGUCGCCACCCCUAUGCGACAUGACACCCAAAGCUCCCAGUACAAGGAUACAGCUGAAGCUGCUAUUGCCGGGGUUAGAUCCAUCGCUGAUUCAUGUAUCCGCUCACAAACGGUUAAGCGACUCAUCUACACUUCCUCUUUGAUGGCAUCCUCACCAUUGACAGAAGAUGGAGCUUCUUUUAAGUCUUGCAUGGAUGAAUCCUGUUGGACACCUUAUGAUGUCUCCUUUACUUAUGCCAAUGAUUUCCUACUGGGAUACACUAAAUCAAAGACUUUAGCAGACAAAGAGGUGCUGAAAUACAAUGAAUAUGAAAAUGGCAGGCUUGAAGUUGUAUCACUACCUUGUGGCCUUGUGGGCGGAGAAACCCUCCUUCCAUAUGCAUCUGGAAGUGUGGAAACCAUUAUAUCACCACUCACAAGCAAAUUGUUUUUGUUAAAUGGAUUCAAGUUUUUGCAAGAACUUUGGGGUUCAAUUGCUCUUGUACACAUUGAUGAUAUCUGUCAAGCACAUAUCUUCUGCAUGGAAAAGCCAUCAAUGAAAGGUAGAUUCAUCUGUGCUGCCACCAAUCUAACCAUCACUCAAAUUGCAGUUUACUUCCAGGAGAAGUUUCCAGAAUACGAGAUAUCAAAAGAGUAUUUGGAAGGACCAGAUGAAGUAGCAGUUAGAUGUGAUUCCACAAAGCUGAUGAAGAUGGGGUUUGAAUAUCUAUAUGAUGAGAAGAAGAUAUUAGAUGACAGUGUGGCAUGUGGAAAGCGAUGUGGAGCCCUAAUGUAAUGUCCACUCCUUGUUCUUAAAGUGAUGUAGCAUAUUGUUUAAAAUCCCAAAGAAUUCCAAACUAAAACACAACCCAGUUUGUUUUAUAAUUCUUUUCUCUAUUAUUAAUUUUCUUUCAUCACUUUUAA